AUGUCGGAGGCAAGACUCAUGGCCCGAGACCUCAUCAAGACUGUCCUGCAUGACCAGGUCCCCCGACCUUCAGUGGCUGCUGGGGCUCCCAGCAUGAAGGAGCCUGUGGAGGAAGAAAACAUUAGUCCUGUAGGAGACUUGGACCUCACGGAGUGCCUGGAGGACAGAAACCAGGUGGCCCAGAGGCUGGCCUACAUCGGUGAUGAGAUGGACCUGUGUCUGCGGAGCCCUCGUCUGGCCCAGCUGCCUGGGAUUGCCAUGCACAGACUCGCUGUCACCUACAGCCAGAUGGGUGUCAGGGGCGUUUUCAGGAGCCUGAUUCGUGGCCUCACCAACCUCAGGGAAAACAUCUGCUCCUGGAGAGUCCUGACUCCUGGCACCUGGGUGUCACCUGACCAGGCCCGAGGACAGCUGUUUCCCAUGGUGCUCUUGGUGCUCUUGCUGCUGGGCGAGGCCCUGCAUUUGCAGCUUCAGUGA